CAAGUGAACGAAAGAACGAAGACGAUUCUGCAAAGGAAAGGAAUCUUUGGACUGCAGCUUUUUGCUAUAAUUUUUGUGUAAAUAAUAUAAUAAAUGUUGAUAUUUAAUUAGCUUUUCAAUGUGACGAUUGCACAACUUUAGUAAUUAUAAUGUCCAACACUUCAUUAGAAGGAAAACUUAAACGUUUGGAAGAGAGUUUUAAAAAUGAAAUGCGUAUUGGAAGAGAGGGUCCUCUCCACAACCAAGGAGGACUCGGUGCCCCUAGAACUGGAAAUGCGCGAAGACCGAGGCCCCCUCUUAUGUUCACUCCACGGGAAAUCCCAUCAUUUCCGCCGAGGUCUCCACAGGCUACGGACACUGAACAUAGAAUGCGAGAGGUGUACAAGGUGAGCGGCAAGUUGAGUGUGAAUGGAGUGGAGUACAGAUCACACAUCAAUGACCUGCACCAGCUGGGGGAGCUUGGCAGUGGGACGUGCGGACAUGUUGUCAAAAUGUUGCAUCAGCCCUCCGGAGCUAUCAUUGCUGUCAAGCAAAUGCGUCGCUCCGGCAACUCGGAGGAGACGAAGCGUAUUCUUAUGGACUUGGAUGUGGUGGUCCGGUCCCACGACUGUCCAUACAUAGUGCGGUGUCUCGGCUGCUUCGUCACCGAUGCCGACGUGUGGAUAUGCAUGGAGCUGAUGGCGUCGUGCUUCGACAAGCUGCUGAAGAGAAUCGGCGCUCCAAUACCUGAAGCGAUACUGGGAAAAGUCACUGUUGCGACGGUGAACGCGCUCUCGUACCUGAAGGACACGCACGGCGUGAUUCAUCGCGACGUGAAACCGUCCAACAUCCUGCUGGACGAGCGCGGCAACGUCAAGCUCUGCGACUUCGGCAUCAGCGGUCGCCUCGUCGACUCCAAGGCCAAGACGCGGAGCGCCGGCUGCGCGGCGUAUAUGGCGCCGGAGCGCAUCGACCCGCCGGAUCCGUCGCGGCCGGACUACGACAUCCGCGCGGACGUGUGGUCGCUGGGCAUCUCGCUGGUGGAGCUCGCUACUGGCGUGUUUCCCUACCGCGACUGCCAGAACGACUUCGAGGUGCUCACCAGGGUGAUAUCAGAUGAUCCUCCACACCUACCCGAAGACAGUCACUUUAGUCCAGAAUUCAAAUUAUUUGUUUCACAAUGCUUAACAAAGAACUACAGGCAUCGACCGAAGUACGCGAAGCUGCUGGAACACCCGUUUGUCGUGAAGUCAGCGGCCAGCGCUGUGUCGGUCGGGGCGUGGUACUCCUCUUUACCCAUCUCGGGCCAGUCCCCACAGCCCAAGCCCAACCUCGGCUCGAGCAGCUCCAUCAACUCCGGCCCCGAGACGCCGGUCACUCCGCAGCCCGUGAGGAACUUCGUGACGUCACAGUACUGGACGCCGGAACAGGCCACGCCUACUCCCGCGAGAGCAUGGUGGGCGCAGGCGAGCAACGCGGGCGGUAGUAGCUCGCAGCCCGCCAGUCUAGAGGCCGACCUGUCUGCACACUCGCCUUACCCUAGGAGAAGGACGCUGGAGGCAGUGGCCCCGCCCACUCCCGUGCGGCGCGUGUCCACAGACAACCGCUUCCGCGCCUCCCCCGCCUCGCCUGCGAGUUCGGGUAACACUAGUCCCAUAGUUCUACAAAGGUUUUACCAUCAAAACCAGCAGAGGAGAUCCAGAGUCGAUUUACAGUCCACGCCUAGACAUAGAAGCCUGAGCCGCGAGCACAGCACGGGCCGGUCUCCCGAGCCGCCGCCGCGGACCGCUCGACCACUCCCCCUGCCACACCACGACACAAACGGCAGCUACGAAAUGGAGCCGCCGGCGCUGCUGGAGAGGCUGCACCCGCACCCGCCCUCGCCGCUACUGCUCAAUAAUAGACUGUCAGAGGGGCGGAGUCAAAGCCUGACGCGGGCGGAGCUCCGCAACGGGUACCGCACCGAGCUCGCGCACGCCCCGCCCACUAAACACGCCCACCACGACGACCAGGGCUGGCUGCACUCGCUCGCGGGGCUGGUGAAGCGCCGCCUCAGCGGGUAUGUCAAGUGGCAUCACGUUGCAGCGCGCCGCGAACCCCGCCACGCGCGUCUCGCACAACACAGAUGGGGCACCUCAGAGAGUUGGAGCGUGCCGGCGUCGCCGCUGCCGCCGCGCGCGCCGCCGCCGCGCCCCGCAGACUAGCGACUCACGGACGCAACUGGAAACGCGCGACCCUACAUACGUACGUGCAUUGCUAGAUAGCAUGCCGAACAUGCGAGAGUACUAGCUUAUAAUUGAAGCAACAGUUGAAGUAAGACUGCACUAAAAGUGGAGCGACGUGACAUAUUCCUAGGGUUAGUUCCGACCGCAACGCGACGCGUAGAUGCAUUUCUAAAGUUUGGAUUUAACAGAUGUGCAAGACGUCUCACGAAAUUUAAAUCUGUCUGUCGAAAUUAAAAUUCAGUACAAAUGUAGAAAUGCAUCUACGGGUCGCGUUGCGGUCUGGAUUGACGCUUACAGCUCGGGAAACAUUCUUUGUUUAAAAUCGAAUUGCUUAAACCGAUCUAAUCGACAAGGCACUCUAUUAGGUAUGGGCUGUGAAAUAUCGCGUCGCUGCAGUGUAGCUAUGUCUAGGAAGGCCCGGGACGUAAUCGGACAAUUCGAAUAAGAGAAAUCUAAAACCUGUAAAAUAUUCUUGCAUUAUUCGUAAAACGUACAGUUGGGUCGCGCUUGUCUAAUGUUUCUAGCUUUAACAUUAACUGAUGAGUGAUGUCUAAAUCUAAAGCUGGCGCUACAUAUCUUGUUCAUAUUGCGAAUUAGUAUUGCUAUCUCUGUCUUAUGAGUCAAAACAGACAAGAGACGAGUAUAAAACAAGCUAUGUGUGGCAGUGUUGUCGUGUUAGCAAUACUACGUACCCAACUGUUUGAUAUUAUCAGUGUUGCCAGGUUUAAAACCAUAGAUUGUGGAUUGUAGGUUGCCUGAAAUGGAAAGGUCUUUGAGAGGCAUAUACAAAUAAUAGUAUUUAAAAUAGUUUGUAGUGGAUAUUGGCGUUCAGAGUAACAGGUAGACGAGGUGAAUUUAAAACUGUUUAAGUAGGAGCACCUGGUAACACUGGUGAUGUACUGUUUUUCAAAUUUUAAAUAUCGAAGCCUUUAAACUUCGACGGUCCAUUUUAAAAUUCUAAUUGCAAUUUUAUUGCAAUAUUUAUUUACUUUAAAAACUUUUAAUCUUAAUUCACAAAUGAAUUUUUGAAAUUGUAACUACAACAAACAGCAGCCACACUUCCUUGCCUGUAGAAUUUUAAAAUGGACAAGUCAAACAUUGUAGAAAGCUUUAAACAAUAUUACGAAAUUUUCUGCACACGCGUGAGGGUAAUUCUGCAAUAGCACAACGGAUGCCAGCUAGAGGAUUUAAAAUGUUGGGUACGAGUUAGAUUUUUUCAGCAAACGUCUUGUGCGCUUAUCUAGUUGCUUAGAAAACGUGUGGUCUAAACGGAAGCUAGUCGUUGUUUAAAAGCUGAUGCCUAUUUUUUAUUUACCUUAAAGCAAUAGACCUUUUUACUUUUCACCCGAUUGUCUUGCUAUUUACCUCGUCAUAAUUCUUUUCAUUUGAUCUUUAAUUUCAUUAUCUAUUAUAAAUUAUUAUCUAUGGCUUUCUCUAUUAUGUUUUUUUGCUUUUAAAGCUGUCUACACACCAAAG